UGCUUGGCGCGGCGCGGCUGGGCGCUAAGAUGGCGGCGGCGUGAGUUGCAUGUAGUACGAGGAUCCCGGGGCUGCCGCAUUGCUCCGGCCCCGCCAUGGCCGUCACCAUCACACUUAAAACGUUGCAGCAGCAGACCUUCAAGAUCCGCAUGGAACCUGACGAGACGGUGAAGGUGCUGAAGGAGAAGAUAGAAGCUGAGAAAGGUAGAGAUGCUUUCCCUGUGGCUGGACAGAAACUCAUCUAUGCCGGCAAGAUCUUGAGUGACGACGUUCCCAUCAAGGAAUACCAUAUAGAUGAGAAGAACUUUGUGGUUGUCAUGGUGACCAAGGCCAAGGCUGGCCAGGGUAUCCUGGCACCCCCAGAGGCCUCACCCACUGCUGCCUCAGAGCCCUCCACACCUUUCCCUCCAGUCCUGGCAUCAGGCAUGUCUCACCCCCCACCUACCAGCAGUGAGGACAAGAGCCCAUCAGAGGAGUCAGCCACCACAACGUCUCCAGAAUCCAUUUCUGGCUCUGUUCCCUCUUCAGGUAGCAGCGGGCGAGAGGAAGACGCAGCUUCCACAUUAGUGACUGGCUCUGAAUAUGAGACGAUGCUGACUGAGAUCAUGUCCAUGGGCUACGAGCGGGAGCGGGUUGUGGCCGCAUUGAGGGCCAGCUACAACAACCCCCACCGAGCUGUGGAGUACUUGCUCACGGGAAUUCCAGGAAGCCCUGAGCCUGAACAUGGUUCUGUCCAGGAAAGCCAGGUGCCUGAGCAGCCGGCCACAGAAGCAGCAGGGGAGAACCCCCUGGAGUUCCUGCGGGACCAGCCUCAGUUCCAGAACAUGCGGCAAGUGAUUCAGCAGAACCCAGCACUCCUGCCUGCACUGCUCCAGCAGCUGGGCCAGGAAAACCCUCAGCUCUUGCAGCAAAUUAGCCGUCACCAGGAGCAGUUCAUCCAGAUGUUGAAUGAGCCUCCCGGGGAGCUGGCGGACAUCUCUGAUGUAGAGGGGGAGGUUGGUGCCAUAGGUGAGGAGGCCCCACAGAUGAACUAUAUCCAGGUGACACCGCAGGAGAAGGAAGCUAUAGAAAGGCUGAAGGCACUGGGCUUCCCAGAGAGCCUGGUGAUCCAGGCCUACUUCGCGUGUGAAAAAAAUGAGAAUUUGGCUGCCAACUUCCUCCUGAGUCAGAACUUUGAUGAUGAGUGAUUCUGGGAGGCCAGGCCCC